CUGGGGAAAUCCCAUGAUGACAUAGUGACAUCGCUCCCAAAAGAUGAAGAUGCCCCCGAGCUAGAGUCACGACUUCAAUUCCAUAAGCAAUUUAUGAUAGGAGCGCAAAGUAACAGAGCGGGGUUAGGAUCAAAUAGGAAAGUCCAAGAUGCGGAUAUAUUGAAGUCUUUUAUUCGGCAAGACGAGAAUGAUAAAUAUAAGAUCCAUGCAAUGAAUUUAGAAAUGCAGAACGAGUGGUUAGACAUAGGAGAUUUUUGCAUCCCAUUAGCAUUAAAAUGGCGCACUUUAAUUUAUGAUUGGUCGCCAGCAUUGCUAAAAUUCUAUCUCAAUGCGUUCCAGAUGACUCUCCCAGAUCAGAGUAAUUUAGUAAGAUGGGGUAAAAGUACCGAAAAAACUUGCUAUAUUUGUGGAAAGGCAGUUGGAACUGCUAAGCAUCUGCUGGUGGGAUGUAAGGUACUCCUGGACAGCGGUCAAUACUCGCGUCGUCACGAUAGGGUUCUAGAAGUCAUACGUUUUGUGAGAGAAGGCUCUAGGGCUACAAAAUCAAACGUCAAGCCUUACUCCAUCCUUAAAGCGGCGUCGGAUUGGACUAUAAUGAUGGACACGUAUGAAAAACAAUAUAAAAUCCCCGAGGAUAUUUGUGCGUCGGCCUCCAGACCGGAUAUAUUUUUGUUUUCGCGAAUUUUAAAGCGCGUAAUGAUGAUAGAGCUUACGGUCCCUUGGGAAACCAACAUCCCCAAAGACCAUACCAUCAAGGUCAACAAAUAUUACGAGCUCACAAACGAACUCACUCGAAAUAGGUUCGUAGUAGAUUUGUACGCGGUAGAGGUGGGAGCGAGAGGUAUAACAGCGAAAUCUCUCUAUAACCUACUAAAGGACUUGGGCUUGUCCAGAACUCACAUUAAUGCAUUCUUGGAACGUACAUCGAAGGCAGCCCUAGUAGGUUCUUUUCAAAUUUGGUUAGGUAGGGAGAGGAGCUUGGACAGUGGAGGUGAGCGUAUAACGCGCUAUUCUUAA